AUGAAACAACGAAUGCUGUUGUCCAGGAACUACAACCCACCGGGGUGGAGCGGUGGAACUGAAGCGCAUUAUGCGAGAAGCCAUCGCCAGGCAGUGGAAGGAAGGAGACAGCUGCAUGACUUGCAGCACAUUAGAGUCACCAACCUACCAAGUCAGAUCCCGAAAGAUCUGCUGUUUACAGGAAGUUCAGGCCCACUUAUGCCCGAUGGGAAGGCAAUUUUGGAAUAUUGUCCUAAUCCCGAGGGCUACCUGAAUUACGCCAUCCCUGGUCCGCUGCGGCCAAUAGGAGCCAUCGCUUAA